AUAGAUCUUUUUUGGUGGAUUUGAUGAUUACGUAAGACUACUUAUAAAUAGUUUAUGUUUUGUAUUGCAUUAAAAUUAAUAAAAUGAUUGCACUUCAAAUAUUGCGUGGCCGGCUUGUUACUCUGCGGUCCAAUGUAAACCCUACUUUUUUUUCCCGGUCACAUUUUACAUAUCAUCCGACCUUUUCGAGUUCUGGGAAAAAAAUGAAUAUGUUUAACGCCAUUAAUAAUGCAAUGGAUUUGGCGCUAGAAAAUGAUAAUUCAGCUUUAUUGUUUGGUGAGGAUGUGAGCUUCGGGGGAGUUUUUCGGUGCUCAGUUAAUCUGCGAGAUAAGUACGGAAAUAACCGAGUUUUUAACUCGCCGUUGUGUGAGCAGGGAAUUGCUGGUUUUGCUAUUGGAGUCGCCAAUACUGGAGCUACUGCAAUAGCAGAAAUUCAAUUUGCGGAUUAUAUAUUUCCUAGUUUUGAUCAGAUAGUGAACGAAGCUGCAAAAUAUCGGUAUCGAAGUGGGGGACUCUUUGACUGUGGAUCACUAACUUUUCGAGUUCCUUGCGGUGCUGUUGGACAUGGAGCACUCUACCACUCUCAAAGCCCAGAAGCAUACUUCGCUCACACACCAGGCCUUCGCAUAGUGAUUCCUCGGGGUCCGAUUAAGGCGAAAGGAUUGCUUCUAGCCUGUGUUCGUGAUCCUAAUCCAUGUAUCGUUUUUGAACCCAAGACAUUAUAUCGAGCUGCGGUUGAGGAAGUACCAUUGGAUUAUUAUACCUCGGAUCUCGGAAAAGCAGACGUUUUACGUGAAGGAAAAGAUGUCACACUCAUUGGCUGGGGCACACAAGUACAUGUGCUAUUAGAAGUGGCUAACUUUGUACAAGAAAAACUUAGUGUUGACUGUGAAGUUAUAGAUUUAGUAUCCAUUUUGCCAUGGGACACUGAUGCUGUUUGUAAGUCAGCGAAAAAAACUGGGCGAGUAAUAAUAGCACAUGAAGCUCCCCUUACUCAAGGAUUUGGGUCAGAGAUAGCUGCCUACAUUCAAGAAAAAUGUUUUUUACAUCUUGAAGCCCCAGUAAGGCGUGUGACGGGAUGGGAUACUCCGUUUCCGCAUGUCUUUGAACCUUUUUAUUUGCCUGAUAAACACCGUUGCUUGUCAGCUAUACAAGACAUAAUGUUGUUUUAAUUUUUUUAUAGAUUUAAAAUAGCUUUAUUCUAAUUUCCUACGAAACGGAUGCAUUUAUUAUGAAAUUUAUUAUCUCUGAGUAAACAAAACUUAAAU